UUGUUGUUAAGGGUCUUUUUACACUCAGUAAUUUCACAUUAACACAUAUUGUAGUAUAUAUAUAAUCUCAUACAUCACCAUCCUAUAUUCUCACUACAAAAAAUAUCCUCUCUAUUUUUUCUCAUCAAAUCUUGCCUAAGAAAUCAUGACUGUUGAGGUGAUUAAAGCUGAAGUUGCUACUGUUUCUCAUCAAGAAGAGAAGAAAGUUGUGGAUGAGGUGGCUGAGGUUGCUGAGGUGGUUGAGGUGAAGAAAGAUGUUGAAGCUGAGCCUGAGAGUGUUGAGAAGACUCCUUCUUUUAAGGAAGAGAGUAAUUUUGUUUCUGAUUUGAAGGAUCAUGAAAAGAAGGCUUUGAGUGAUUUCAAGGCCAAGCUUGAGGAAGCUAUUCUUGGGAACAAUUUGUUUAAGAAGGAGGAGGCUAAAGUUGAGGAGGUUGUUGUGGUGGAGACUAAGGAAAAGGAAGAAGUGGUGGAGUGUGUUGAGGAGAAGGAGGUUGAGAAGGUUGAGGAGAAGGAGAAGGUUGAGGGGGAGGAGUCUUCAAAGAAGAGUGGGGAGAAGAAGGGCUUGAUUGCGACAAUUCAAGGUUUGUUCAAGAAGGAUGAGGUUAAGGUUGAGGAAGUUGUGGAGGAGAAAGCUAAGGUGGAGGAAGAGAAGAAGGAGGAGGUGAAAGAGGAGGAGUGUGUGAAAGAGGAGGCUGAGAAAGUGGAGGAGAGUGUUGAGGUGAAAGAGGAGGCUGAGAAGGUGGAGGAGAAGGAGAAGGUGGUGGAAGGAGGAGAGGAGUCUUCGAAAAAGAGUGGUGAGAAGAAGGGGUUGAAUAAGUUGAAAUCGAAAAUUGGAGAGGCCUUUAAGGGUCAUGGUCUGUUUAAGAAAGAGGAGCCUAAAGUGGAGGAAGUUGUGGAAGAGAAAGCAAAGGUGGAGGAAGUUGUGGAAGAGAAAAAAGAUGAAGAGAAGAAGGAAGAGUGUGAGAAAGAAGUGGUGCAGGAGGAUGUUAAGGAGAAGGAGAGUGAGACGGUUGAGGAGAAGGAAAAGGUGGAAGAAGGAGAGGAAUCUUCGAAGAAGAGUGUUGAGAAGAAGGGGUUGAAUAAGUUCAAAUCAACAAUUCAAGAAGCCUUCAAGGGUCACAGUCUGUUUGGUAAAAAGUCUAAGAAGGAGGUAGAGGAGAAGAAGGAAGAGUUGAAGCCCGAGGGUGAUGAAAAGGUUGAGGAAGAGCCAAAGCCCGAGGGGGAUGACAAGGUGGAUGCAGAAUCAAAGCCUGAGUGCGAGGAGAAGGUGGAGGAGAAAGAAAAAGAGGAAGUAGUGGAGGUGGUUGAAACUGAAGUAUGCGAGGAGAAAGAACCUGAGGUAGUUGUGGAGGAAGUAGUGGAGGAGAUCAAAACUGAAGAAUGCGAGGAAGAAAAGAAGGUUGAGGAGGUUAUUGAGGUAGCUGAGGAAGAAAAGAAAGUUGAGGAGGUUGUUGAAGUAUGUGAGGAGGAAAAGAAAGUUGAGGAGGAAGUUGUCGUUGACAAGGAUAUUUCACUCUGGGGAGUUCCACUUUUACCUAGUAAGCUUGACGAGGGAACUGAUGUAGUCCUCUUGAAAUUCUUGAGGGCUAGAGAUUUUAAGGUCAAUGAGGCCUUUGAGAUGCUCAAAAAGACCCUUGAGUGGAGGAAAGAAUGGAAAAUUGAUUCAAUCUUGGACGAAGAUUUGGGAACUGAUUUGUCAUUGGCUGGAUACAUGAGUGGUGUUGAUCGCGAAGGUCACCCUAUUUGUUACAACAUCUUUGGUGUGUUAGAUGAUGAGGAGCUCUACCAAAAGACUUUUGGAAGUGAAGAGAAGCGUGAUUUCUUCUUACGGUGGAGGUUUCAGUUGAUGGAGAGGGGUAUUCAGAAACUAGAGCUUAAGCCCACUGGUGUCACUUCUCUGCUCCAAGUUACAGAUCUCAAGAACUCCCCUGGACCAGCUAAAAAGGAGGUUCGCCUUGCUAUUAAGAAAGCUCUUGCUCUACUUCAGGACAAUUAUCCAGAAUUUGUUGCUAGAAAUAUCUUCAUCAAUGUUUCUUUCUGGUACUAUGCCUACAAUGCUGUGUUCUCUACUUUGCUGACCCAACGAACCAAGAGCAAAUUAGUUUUUGCCCGCCCAGCCAAGGUCACUGAGACCUUGCUGAAGUACAUUUCUGUCGAGCAAAUCCCCAUCCAGUAUGGUGGCCUUAAGAGAGACAGCGAUUUCGAGUUUUCAGCAGAAGACUGUACUGCUUCAGAGCUUAUUAUUAAGGCUACAUCUACAGCAACUAUUGAAAUACCUGCACCAGAGGCUGGAACUACAUUCAUCUGGGAUAUAACAGUUCUGGGCGGGGAUGUAAACUACAAGGAGGAAUUUGUACCUGCCGACGAAUGCUCAUACACCAUUAUUGUCCAAAAGGAAAAGAAACUAGGUUCCGCUGAAGCACCGAUUCGCAACACUUUCAGGACUAAUGAAGCAGGGAAGAUUGUGCUUACUAUUGAGAACUGCACCAACAAGAAGAAGAAAGUGUUUUACAGACACAAGGUCAAGAAGAGUGCUCUCUAAAAAAAUCAUCAUGGUUACUAAAUUAUACUUGUUUAUUUGAAAGAGAAGUAUGUAAUAUAAUCUGGAUUACUUAUAUUUUGUUCAAUUUCUAUAUUGUUUUUAUAAAACUUCAUUCUUUUGGCUGUGGAACAAUCAUGUUGGGUAGAAAAUGGUUGGUUUGAUUGGGGUGAUAUGUGUGGAUUCAUGUAACAAUUUCAGGGUCCAGUUUAUUGUAUGUAAAAAUUAUUGUAACUUGUACACUCUGUGCUGGGCGAACCUUAUGUCAUUUUAUGUUUGUGUA